AUUGGGACGGAAUUUUUAUGGGAAUGGCUUUACUGCUCUGAUGUCGGUUCUUGAAUUAACUCAACGCUUGUUGUUGGUUGUGUUUCUUUGCAGGGAUUUUGUUGAUUUUAUUCACAAUAAAACUGCACAGGAUCUUUUGCUGUGGACGAAGAAAACGUUGAUUCCUGAUGAAACAUUUUUCAGCAUGCUUAAUGCAAAUCCUAAACUGGGGAUAAGAGGAACUUACACAG